UUUUCUUCCUAUCGCCUUCCUGGAUCAAGCCUCACGACCUGCACCCAGCAUCGGGACCAGGGCCCCCUGUGCUGAGUCUCCCACGCAUCACUCUUCUUCCCGGCCCACUGCAAAUCCACAAGAUCACCAAGAAACGCAGGCCUGGUCCAGCUUGUUAGCUUUCAUAUAUUACUACUCUGCUUCCUCCUCCACCACCCGUGGCGUGCCCUGGUCUUUUGUCCUCUCCCUCCUGGCUCUGUCGAACCGCUCUCCGGACCCGCUCAGAUAUACCACAAAGCUAAAGGGGAAAGCGAACCUUGCCCGACACCUGUUUUCUAACCCAGGCACCGCCCUCACACCCGCCAUCGCCCUCCCCUCCCCCGGGCCGACAAUCCAGUCGCGAGAGACUGUCAGCUUCACCGCAGGCAAACCUCCCACUCACCCCCGGCACCAUGUCGUACUCAUGGAUCGGGGCGCCGGCCGUCUUCAAUGGCACCAACGAGGAGACCGGUGGUGAUUCUGCCACCGAGAACCUGAACCAGUGGUACCAGUCCGGCGACCAGGCCUUCAUCAUCGUGGCCUCGUGCAUGGUUUUGAUCAUGAUGCCCGGCAUUGCCUUUCUCUACUCCGGCCUCGCUCGAAGGAAAUCCGCCCUCUCCAUGAUCUGGGUCGUCAUGAUGUCCUUCUCUGUAAUCAUUUUCCAGUGGUACUUCUGGGGCUACUCGCUCGCCUUCAGCUCUGUCGCCACCAACGGCUUUAUCGGCGACCUACACCACUUCGGCCUCAUGAACACCCUCGCCAUGCCCUCGCCGGGCUCGCCCCUGAUCCCCGAGCUCCUGUACUCCUUCUACCAGAUGCAGUUUUGCGCCGUCACCGGCGCCCUCGUUGUCGGCGCCACCGCCGAGCGCGGCCGCGUCCUCCCAGCCAUGGUCUUCACCUUCUUCUGGGCCACCCUCGUCUACUGCCCCAUCGCCUGCUGGGUCUGGAACGUCAACGGCUGGGCCUUCAACUACGGCGUCCUUGACUACGCCGGCGGCGGCCCCGUCGAGAUCGGUUCCGGCAUGUCGGCCCUCGCCUACUCCUGGGUCCUCGGGCGUCGGAACGAGAAGAUGAUGCUCAACUUCCGCCCCCACAACAUCUCCCUGAUCCUGCUGGGCACCAUCCUCCUCUGGUUCGGCUGGCUCGGCUUCAACGGGGGCUCCGCCUUUGGUGCCAACCUCCGCGCCACCAUGGCCUGUUGGAACUCGUGUCUGACCGCCAUGUUCGCCGCCAUGACCUGGUGCCUCCUCGAUUUCCGCCUGGCCAAGAAAUGGUCCCUCGUCGGGUGGUGCUCGGGUACCAUCUCCGGCCUCGUGGCCGCGACCCCAGCGUCUGGCUUCAUCCCGCCGUGGGCGUCUGUCGUCCUCGGUGUGGUUACCGGUGUGUGCUGUAACUUUGGCACCAAGAUCAAGUUCCUGGUCGGAAUCGACGACUCCCUGGAUGUUUUUGCCGAGCACGGCAUCGGCGGUAUCGUGGGUCUCAUCUUCAACGCUCUCUUUGGCGCCGGAUACAUCAUCGGCCUGGAUGGUGUCAACACCGGCGUCAUCACGGGCGGCUGGCUUGACCACAACUACAAGCAGCUGUACAUCCAGAUCGCGUACGUCGUGGCAUGCUCAGGCUAUGCCUUUGUAGUGUCCGCCAUCAUUGCCAAGAUCAUCGAUCUCAUCCCUGGGCUGAAGCUCCGGGCCAGCGAGGAGGCUGAGUUGCUGGGUAUGGACGACGACCAGCACGGCGAGUUCGCCUACGACUACGUCGAGGUCCGCCGAGACUUCCUGGCCUGGACACCUGCGCAACAGGAGCAACGUAUUGAUGGCGUCGGCCUGGUCCCUCAACACGGCAUCGAGGAGCACCAAAUGUUGGCGAACGGCACCGCCUCGGCCUCCAGGGGCAGCGAGGAGGCUGAGAAGCGGGCUGUCGGGUCGUCGGAUCGAUCCAACAACGAGCGGUCGAUCAACGAGAGGUCCAACAACGACAGGCCGCAAUAAAGGGCAGUUCGUGUGUUUGAUUUUCGUUGUUCGGCUUUUUUUUUUUUUUUUAAUAAUACGUGAUGAUACUUGAGAGAAGAUUGGUCAUUCGGUUUGGAGCAGCGUGCCUAAGGAUAGAGAACACCUGGGAUGGAUUUUACUUGGCAUCGGGCGCGGUUGGGCUUUGUGUGUUCUCAUCUUUGUUUUGCUUUUUCGGCGGACUCAUCGAAGCAGGGGUUACAAAAGUUCGAGUGGGUGCUUGUGCUUUCAGGCUCGUGCCUUUCACCACUCGAGCAGGUGGACCAUUCUCGGUCAACCAUUGCCGAGGGUUUUUCACGGGGACAGCGCGGAUUUUUGUCUAGGACGAUUUCAAUUAUACCCAUUUUGUCCCCCCACAA